AUGUCCCCCUUCCAAUUACUGUUCGGGAAAGCUUGUCACUUACCGAUAGAAUUGGAGCACAAAGCACUAUGGGCAAUCAGGUACCUGAACUUCGACUCCAAGACAGCUGUGGAGAAAAGAUUACUUCAACUGGACGAGCUCGACGAGUUCAGACUAUCUGCGUACGAGAGUGCGAGUCUGUACAAAGAGAAUACGAAGAAGUGGCAUGACAAGAAGAUCUUACCUCGAGACUUCAAGGUGGGAAAUCAGGUAUUACUUUUUAACUCUCGUCUUCGUCUCUUCCCUGGAAAACUUAAAUCCCGAUGGUCGGGGCCGUUCGUCGUAAGGAACAUGAAAUCAUAUGGAGCAGUGGAGAUUAGUCCGCUGGACUCCGAUAGAAGCUUCACGGUGAAUGGCCAACGACUGAAACUAUACAUGGGAGGAGCAUUUGACAGAGGAACAACCACUGUUGCCCUUGUCGAGGUAACUUGA